ACGCGCUGUCGCCCCGCGCGAGGAGCCCGGCGGCGCGGCCCCGGCGGUCUCGCGGCGCGGCCGUUGCGGGGCCGCCGCGGCCCGGUGGGUGUGAGGGGGCGCGCGCGGGACGCGGGAGCGGGGCCGGGCCGGCCGGCAAGAGGAGACGCAGAGGGCGCUCCGGCGGUGAGGGGAGGGCACGAACAGCGUGUGGGGGCGAGCUGAGCCGCGGGUCCGCGCUGCCCUCCUCAGCCCCCGGGGCCAGGGAGCCUCGGGAGACCUGUCAGAGCGGCGGCACCGGAUCCUCAGGCACGGCUAGCAGGCCCCUUGAAUGCCGCUAGGAAACCAGUGGGCGUCAAGGACUUGAAAACAGAACAUGGAGCAGUGAGCUCCCUGCAGUUGACUGUGGUUCUCAUCUAUCAGAUUUUGACAUGAUCAAACGUUUGGUGGAAGAUGUGCGAGCCAGGCUGCGUUCUGGAGUCACUGUCAGCUCACUCGGACACUGUGUUGAGGAGCUUGUCCUCAACAGCAUCGAUGCCAAAGCAACAUGUGUAGCUAUCAGGGUGGAUUUGGAAGCUUUUAAGAUCCAGGUGGUGGACAAUGGCUCCGGGAUGGGGAAGGAGGACCUAAAGGCUGUUGGAAAGCGCUACUUCACCAGCAAGUGCAGCUCAGUGAGAGACUUGGAGAACCUGACUUUCUAUGGCUUCCGAGGAGAGGCUUUGGCAAGUAUAGCCAGCAUGGCCAGCGUAGUGGAAAUCUCAUCUAAGACCAGCAGGACAGCAAAAACAUUUAUGAAACUGUUUCACAAUGGGCAAGCACUGGAAGUGUGUGAAGCUGAACUGAACAGACCAAGUGGUGGAACCACAGUCACCGUGUGCAAUCUGUUCCAUCAGCUCCCAGUGAGGAGAAAGUGUAUGGAUCCUGUGAUGGAAAUUGAGAGAGUGAGACAGAAGGUAGAGGCUGUUUCACUGAUGCAUCCUUCUGUUUCUCUUUCUUUAAGAAACGAUGUUUCUUGUUCUAUGGUGCUUCAGCUGCCUAAGACAAGAGAUGUGUACUCUCGGUUUUGUCAAAUUUAUGGACCGGGCAGAUCCCAGAAGUUGCGAGAAAUAAAUCACAAGUCUGGGGGAUUUGAGAUAAGUGGUUUUAUCAGUACUGAGGGACAUUACAAUAAGAAUAUUCAGUUCUUGUAUGUGAAUAGGAGGCUUGUUUUAAAGACAAGACUACAUAAACUAAUUGAUUUUUUAUUAAGAAAAGAAAGCGUAAUUUGCAAGGCAAAGAGUGUCCCUGCAAGCCGACAGGCUAAUUCAAGUCCCAGUCGCCAUCGCUGUGGGCCAGAGUUGUAUGGGAUCUUCAUUCUCAAUGUAACCUGUGCAUACAGUGACUAUGAUGUGUGCCUGGAACCUGCAAAGACUCUGAUUGAGUUCCAGAACUGGGAAGUUCUUCUAGCUUGCAUAGAGGAAGGAGUGAAAAUGUUUUUGAAACGAGAGCAUUUAUUUAUUGAACCAUGUAAUGAGGACAUCAGAGAAUUUAAUGAACGCAAUGACUUUUGUUUCGAUAGAGCUCCAGUUCUGAAGCCUUCAACUCUUGAUGAGAAGAGCAUCCAGGAAAGUUUUAAGAAAGCAUGUAAUGAAAUUGUGGAUUCUUAUGAAAUACGUAGCUUGCAAUCAAAAGAUGUCAAGAGGAAAUCCAUUACUGGGAAAAAAAGUUCAAGUCUUACAGAGUCAAGUAAAAAUGUACAGGAAACUAAAAAUGCCCCAGUUCAGAACACUGCUGAAUCAUCUGAUCCAUGUAGAAACAAUAAAGCAGAGAUUCCAUUGCCAAGCAAAAAGGACACAGUUUCUGAUUUAAUUAAACCAAAUACCUCAGAACAGGAGCCAAAACACACCAGCAGUUCCCAAAAAGUAUCUCAUAUUCGUCUAAAACCUUCAGAACGUCUUUGUUCCUCUUUCAGUGGAGGAGCCAGAUCAGAAAUAAGAGAAAUAGAUGGUUGUGGUGACCUAGGGGAUUGUGCAGAGAAUAAUAUAAAAGAUGUGAGCAGCCAGCAAGGUCAAGUAAUGCAGGAAAGCAAUAAGGUUCUUGUCUUAAAUAAGGAUGUUAUUCAGUCACUGCUUGAGAGAGAAGACCCCACUGAAACAGCAGCGGGGCCUGGAACUGUCUCUGGAAGUUCAUUAAUGAGACUGUGUAAUGCAAGAAGAAACAGGGGAACUGCUGAAGAGAUAGAUGAUGCCAGAAGAGGGGCUGUUAGUUCAACGCCAUUAAAGUUGUGCCUUGCGGGCCUCAUAAAAAGUGUUAUACAAAAUGAGUCCCCACAUGAUUGUGAACAAACAGAAACAAAUCUUGCAUCAAACACACAGUGUAGGCCUGGCCCUGUCAGUGCCAAGGAUAUUUUUGACCACAAAGUGAAUGUUGUGAUGCAGUCUUCAAAUGCUAAGGGUAUUUCCAGUAAUACUAACAAAGAAUAUACAGCUUCUCUUACCAGAGAAGGCUGCAAGACUGAUGGUCAUGGGAACAAACCUUUGUCAAGUUGGGUGAGGGAGGAGAUAGCUAUGCCUACUGCUACCAAUAAAAGACCUUACGAAGCAUCAAACAGUAUGGAAUUGCCGCUGGCAACUUCUUCAGGUAUUCCUCGCAAGAAAAUUGUUUUAAAAAACACUAGAAGACAGAUAGCUGUGCCAAGAUCGCAGCCCUGUAAGAAACUGAGCUUGUCCACACAGCUGGGAUCAUUGGAAAAGUUCAGGAGGUAUUAUGGGAGAGUUAAAUCUACGCUACCAACACCCACGUCAGAGCGAAAUGAAUGUGCUCUCCCCGUUCUUAAUUCAGAAACUAACUGUGACUUUUCAAAGAAUGGGAAUGGCAAUCAUAAUAACUUUGGCAGUUGUGAAACUCCACCUGCAGAAGAUACAGAUUCUAAUAAUAUUAGCCAAGGUUUUGGUUCCUUGGAAAAGACUUUAUUUUGCAAUGGAGAAAUGCCACAGGACAAACAAGCCCUUUGUCAGAGUCCCUUGACAUUGUCUGAUUACUCUCUGGUUAGUAACAAAACUACAAGUUGUAAAAGAUCUCCAGGAUCAUUAUCAUCCAAACUGUCCAGAAUGAAAACUGAUCACAAAGAAGUAGAACAACUUGGUGAACAGUUCCAAACAGACUCAAAUAGAAAAGAUGACCAUUCCUUUGAUCAUGAAUCCUCAAAUAAUGAUUUUUUAUAUAAUGUUUGUCAAACAUAUAAAUCCUCAGUGGAGAAAAUGAGGGAGUGUAAGUCCAGCAUUUCUAAGGAGGCUGUGUGCUCACCAUCAGAUGGUGUGAUAGCAGAGUCUGUGAAGAGUCCUGUCAGCUCAUCACCACUCAGCAGUAUAGAAGGAGAGUACACAGUCUCUUCAGUUUUAUCAUUACCUGCUAAAAAUGACUGUACUAACAUCAUCUGUAAAGAGAAAAGUACGUUAGUUGAAUCCUCAGAACAAAAUAUGAAAGAUACUGAGGUUCCCUGUGUGACCUUACAGAGGAACUUGGAAUUCUCUGCUGACAGCACAAGAAGCACAGGCAAUCCCUGGAAUGAUUCAUGUUCUGUCUGGCUGCAAGAUUUUGAUGCUUUGUCGGGUAAGACAGUGUACAUCAAUAAGGCAACUGGACUCAGCACCUACGGCACUCCUCCUAGCGAAAGGUUUCAAACUGCCUGCAUUCAAGAUAUAACAACAAUGGCUGUGAAUGUUGUUUCAGAGAAUGAUGCUGAAGGGGAGUCCCUCCAGUCAUUGCUUUUGGAAUGGGAUAAUCCUGUUUUUGUUCCCUGCCCAGAGAUUGCAGUUGAUGUGACCAGCGGUCAGGCUGACAGUCUGGCUGUGAAAAUACACAAUAUCUUGUAUCCUUAUCGUUUCACCAAAGACAUGGUUCAUUCAAUGCAGGUUCUUCAGCAAGUGGACAAUAAAUUUAUCGCUUGUUUAAUUAACACUAGGGAUGGAAUGGAAAAAAAGGCAGAUGGAAACCUCUUGAUUUUGGUGGACCAACACGCAGCUCAUGAACGGAUCCGCUUGGAGCAGCUGAUUGCAGAUUCCUAUGAGAAGGAAGCUGCAGCAUGUGGCAAGAAGAAAAUACUGUCAUCCUCCAUCUCUCCCCCUUUGGAGAUUGAAGUUACUGAAGAGCAAAGAAGAUUUCUACGAUGCUGCUACAAAAAUUUGGAGGACUUGGGUCUUGAAUUAUCAUUUCCUGAGACAAACAACUCCUCGAUUCUUGUGAGGAAAGUGCCAAUGUGUUUUAUAGAAAGAGAAGCCAACGAAUUACGACGGAAAAGACAACCUAUCACUAAAAGUAUUGUGGAGGAGCUUAUUCAAGAACAAGUUGAGCUAUUGCAGACCACAAGAGGAGGAGCACGAGGGACACUGCCUCUGACAUUCCUGAAGGUCUUAGCUUCACAGGCCUGCCAUGGAGCUAUUAAGUUUAAUGAGCAUUUGACUUUGGAGGAGAGCUGCAGGCUUAUUGAAGCUUUGUCAUCUUGUAAGCUACCCUUCCAGUGUGCUCAUGGAAGACCUUCAAUGCUGCCUCUUGCAGACAUAGACCAUCUCCAGCAGGAAAAACAGCCUAAACCUAAUUUGACUAGACUUAGGAAGAUGGCAAGAGCAUGGCAGCUAUUUGGGAAAAAAAAAGAACCUAUUUAAAAAAAAAAGUUAAAACUGUAAACUGCAACCACAAAAAGUAUUGGUAUGAUCCAUGAUCCUGUUGUUAGACUACCCUGUGUGGAGCCAAGUUCUGAGCCAGUGCAGUCACCAACGCUCUCCUCCGACUACUGGCCAAAGAAGCAGAGACCAGCCAGGAGAACAUGGCAGGAGGAGCCCACCCUUGGAGCCUGGAGAAGCAUCUUCAACAUUGAGGAAUAGCGCUGCAAGUCAGGGUGCUACAUCAGUGCUGCACUGUUGGGUGCAAGGAGUUGCAGCCACUUGCAGUUACUGAAGCAAAGCCCUUCUUUUCUGCAAGCACAGCAUAAUUCUGCAUGAUAGAGAGGAGAAUUUUAUUUAGUGUAUUUUAUAGUACUUUGAAAAUUGGAAGGUAUUUCUUAAUAAAGUUCCCACUCAACUCACUCCUUGGGCUCAUGGCAGUGGUUGGAAUGAGGGGUGACCAGCUUCAAAGUAUAUCUAGGCCAACUUAGAAUCAAGAAACACUUGGCAAUGAAUGGCACACACAGCUGCCUUCCCAGCUCCUUGCAGUUUGUGUUCUUGAAUGAGAGAUUUCUAAAUCCCCACCUAGCCCCACAGAAAUAAUUCAACAGCUAAAUAUCCAUUUUGAAGAAAACUGUUGAUGAGUUCCUACUCCUAUCACAUUUACAUGUGAAAGCACACUGUAAAGCCAGCUACUGCAUCAGGUAGUGAGUGCAGGUAACUGACUACACUGGUAAAACUCCUGCUAGUUAAAUAAACGAAACAACUGCGUAUGGAAAAUGUGCUUAACAGUGAGAUCACUGUAAACAGCCUUUAUUGCAGCAUAUUUUGAAGUAACAGCUUAGCUGCCCCAGGGUUAUACAUAUGCCUUGCUCUUUCAAAAUCAAAUAGGUUAGCAGCUCCACAUGGUUUCUUACACAGCAUGUGAUAUAAACCUGUACAAGAGCUCUGCCUUCUCUUGCUUUUGGGUAGGAAAGACAUUGCUGAGCAAAUUCCCCACUGGCUCCCCACAGCAACUUGCCUUUGCAACAUACACUUUAAUUAGCUGUU